GAUGAGAGUGUUCCAUCAAAAUUGCAAACAGAACAUUUAUCUCUCCCUCUGAACAAAAAAAAGCAAUUGAAAUAAUAUUUGCGCCAAAAAUUUCAACCAACGCAAUAUAAUAUAUCCACCUGAGAAUGGCAGAAAUUUACUCCAAAUUUAGUACGGAUUCUCACAUCAAUCUUGCACAAAGUGAUCUCAAAUUAUAACUACUUCAAUGUGGUUCUGACAGCGUGGGAGUGAGAUUUCCAAUUUAAAUUUUCUACAAUGUGAAAAAAAAACCGCUAAACACACGUGAACAUUCCACCUGGUGAUGCAUUUUGUUAAAAUUAUACACAACAACAUUGUAAUACAUUGUUGCAUUUUGUGAAGAAGUUGUAUUGAAAAAUUAUCAAUUUUAAUAGCGUAAUUGUAGUACAUCGUGGAAAAUGAUGCAUGUCGCAGUUAAUAAUUCAGAAGAUUGUUUGUGUGUGUUGGACUUGAAUUGCAUCAGUGCACUUUGAAGUUUUGCCUGUGUGAAGGAACAAGGAAAUGUGUUAAGUAUAUUCAUUGAUUGAAAAGUGAUAGUUACCAAAUUGAAACAGUUUGCAAAUGUUUUUAGUUUUUGGGUGAAAAUUCUGUUUUUUUUCUUUAUCACUUGUUGUUUUGCUCCCAAUGUAAAAAAGAUAUAUUCGAAGUCACGGAGAAUACGAUAAGAAUUUUAAAACAAGUGCGAUACAUUCUUUCUAGGGUGCAAAGAUAGAAAAGAGAAACGAUCUUAAAUGUGCCAGUUACAAGAGUUUACACAACAAAAUGCAAAAUUUUAUGAAUUUCUUCAAUCAAAUGGAGAAAGAUCUCCCCAAGAGACAGUGUCGCUACCAAAAUAUCAAUGGCAAUUCUGCCGGUCGUCAAGGAUGGUCGGAUGAAAUUGACUUUGAUUUGAACAAUGAGCUGAGCAGCAAUGGAUAUAGCUUAAAUGAAAGUUUGCUGUAUUCGAGCUUGACGGUGCUGAAACAGGAAGUUCCGUCACCAACUCAAGAUGUCCACAAGAAUCUUCCUCAGCUCAAUGGCACUGCCACGGUGAAUGAUGUUGUCAAGAGGCAGCAUUCUGGCAAUGAAAAUAUCGCUCCGACUGAUCAGCAGCAGCAUCAGAAGCCACAGCAGCAGCAGCAACAACAGCAACAACAGCAGCAACAGCAGCAACAGAAUGGAGUUAUUGAGGCAAAUCAGCAUCUUGGUUUGCAUCAUUUACUCCAAGACAAUGACUUUGAAGCCACAAAUGGAAGUGGACAGUCACAAGAUGGUAUGUCUGGCAUGACACGAAAGGAGACACCAAUUUCCGAUGAUUGCAGAUUUCAGUACGUAUUGGCGGCCGCAACGUCAAUUGCAACCAAGAAUAAUGAAGAUACACUCACGUACCUCAAUCAGGGCCAGAGUUAUGAGAUUAAACUGAAGAAAUUGGGCGAUUUGUCGCUGUAUCGCAAUAAAAUACUGAGGAGCAUCAUCAAGAUUUGCUUCCACGAGAGGCGUCUUCAGUACAUGGAGAAGGAGCAGAUGCAGCAGUGGCAGUCAUCAAGGCCCGGAGAACGUAUAGUUGAGGUCGAUGUGCCACUUUCGUAUGGACUGUGCCAUGUAUCACAGCCAUCGAAUCCCAGUCUCUUCAAUACUGUGGAGAUCCUCUGGGAUCCCAUGAAGGAGGUUGGUGUCUACAUUAAGGUCAAUUGCAUCUCCACUGAAUUUACACCCAAGAAGCAUGGAGGGGAGAAGGGGGUGCCAUUUAGGAUUCAGGUGGAGACGUACUUGGACACCAAGCACAAUUCCGAGGUGACUGUGAAGCCAAUUCAUGCGGCUGCGUGCCAGAUAAAGGUGUUUAAGCUCAAGGGGGCCGAUCGGAAGCACAAGCAAGAUCGAGAGAAAAUUCAGAAGCGUCCACCAUCGGAGCAGGAGAAGUAUCAGCCGAGCUAUGAGUGCACAAUUCUCAAUGAUAUCUCAAGUGAUAUGAUUGUGCCACAAGUUUGCUACAGUCCAGACAAUGGUAAGACGGCCAUUUCGCCAAUUGUGCCCAAUUCUCCGGUUCAUGUUCCCAAAUACGAUGGUGUUAUGCAGCAAUUUGCAAAUACCAAUAACAAUCCAAUCGCCAUCAACAAUGUAUCAUCCACCAAUUCAGCCAUGUGCAAGAUCAUUGACCAGAGCAUCAUGUCACCAGCUCAAAUGGACUCUGAUGAAAUGAUCCCGACAAUUUCCAAAGAUUCGACGCCAGCCCACUUAACACAGUGGAUGAAUUACCAUCGGUUGACACAGUAUGUUAAUACAUUUGCACACUUCAGUGGCGGCGAUCUGCUACGCAUGUCCAAGGAAGAUCUCAUUCAGAUUUGUGGCCUAGCUGAUGGAAUCAGAAUGUACAACAUUUUGCAUGCAAAAGCUAUUACACCUCGUUUAACAAUCUUCGUGAGCUUCGAUGGCACUUGCUAUCAUGCCAUUUAUUUGCACAGCAGCCAGACGAAGGAGUUGGUUCAGAAGCUUGCACGUCUGCCCGGAUUCUAUGAUACUCAGUUCAAUGGCAACAUGAAUGGUGCUGAUGGCGGAAAUAUGUACAAUUCUUGGGGAGGAUUGCAGUCAAAAUUUGCUGGCAGUGGAUCCAAUUUGUACGAUGCUACUAAGUUUACAGUGUUCAUCAAUGGACCAAAUGCAAUCCAUGUCCUUGUGACCGAUGACGUCAUCAGCAACAUGAAGGAUGAGAGUUUAUUUACGCUCGAAGUGCAAAAUGGGAAGAUUCUCAUGAAAGCCGUCUACAAAACUGAGUAAAUUUUCAUAUUUUUUUUUUCGAUAAUUUCGGAAUUUUUUUUUAGUUUGUUUUAUUUUUUGUUUAACUUGUUUAAUCGGAAAACCACUAUCAGUAACAUAUCAUGAGUAAUUUAUGAGGAAAAGUCGAAGGAGCUCAAUGGGGCUUCUUGAAAUGACUUUUCUGGGUGUUGGACAUGAUUAAGUUUCUUUUUGCAAUGUUAUUUUAAAUGUUGAUAGAGAUGCUGACGAAAGCAUCGUGAAAUUUAAAUUUAUGGUAGAUUAAUUGAAAGAAAAAUCGUGGUACAAUAUUUCACAUGAGAUUUAAGAGCGAGGAUCUUAGUUUUUUUAUCUAAAUAUUAUGCGUUUCAUUCUAUUAAUUGACCAAGAGGUUAUUUUGGAAUGUGAGGUUAUGUUGAGGUUAUGUUUUCGAAAUAACAGUCAGGGGUUGGAAUACAGUAGACUCUCUCUCAAUUGGGCAUUUGGGGCGAAAUGUCAUCCGGUUUAUCGAUAGAUUUUGGGGUCAAAGCCUUUGUAAAUUCCACAAAAAGCGCUCAAUUAUAAAGAAUCCCGAUAAAAUAGGAAGAACUACAGCGAAUUUGAGCGAAUUAGCUUCAUAAUUGAACGAGAAAAUUGUCAACAAAAUUUUUCGCCCGGCUGAAAAAGAGCCGAUUGAGUGAGAGUCUACUGUAUCAUAAAUUGGAUUCCCUUCGAGUCUGAGAAAUGUCAAAAUACGUUUUUGAAACAAAAGUUAUCAUGUUUCCUGUUAUUUUAAAUCAAAUGUCAUAAAAUCGCUUAAUUUCUUGCAUAAAUAUUGCUAGAUUAUGAGAUUUUUGCAAAAAACUGAUAUUUCUAGUGAAGUUUUUGCAAAUAUCACGCGAUUUUUUGCAAAUAACAUCUGACCAUGUGAUUUUUUGACUGAGUUUUGCACUAAUACCGCAAGAUCGCGCGAUUUCUGUGAACUUUCCGCAUUAAGAUCGCGAGAUCGCGCGAUUUCCUGUACUAAAAUCGUCAGAUCGCGCGAUAUCCUGUACUAAAAUCGUCAGUUCGCGCGAUUUCCUGAACAGAAAUCGUCAGAUCGCGCGAUUUUCUACACUAAAUCGCCAAUAAAGUAUCACGAACUUUGGACACAGACUCUUUGGUCCCUUAGAGUUCAUUUUUCUUUAGGAUCAUCCAAAAGUCUCUUUAAGACACUAAAACGCAAGAGUAAUCAAGGUGUUUUGAUAACUUGACAGUUUAAAUUGAGGUUAGAUUGCCUUUUGAUUAAAAAAAAUGUGAAUUAUGCGUUUAAGAUGAGUCUCAGAGGCAGGAUUUUGUCAAAACUUAGUCUUAUAUUGAAUUCAAAAUUUCGAAAUUGAGGUUAAGUCCAACAUAACCUCAAUUUGCAAAUCAAUCUCUUGGCCAAAUAAGAGAAUUUGCGACUAUAUUUUAGAUACAGUAUUUGAGGUGUGCUUUUUUUAAUUUUAAAUUCUUUUUGAUAAAUGGUAAUUCAUUCACAGAAUGGUGGAUAUUUUUUUUUAAAUCAUAGUUUUUAAGGUUCAUUUUUUAGGGUUAGAUGAAAAAAAAACUAUUUUCUAAAAAUAGAUAAAAAAAAACAAGAGCUAAAAUGAAUACGAUGGUGCAAAAGAAAAUCUGCAGGCAGAAAGUACAAUUUACAUGAAGAUGAAAAUGAAUAAUAUCUCUAAAUAUUGCAAAUAUAUUUUUUUGUUAGUUUAUAAACCCUUUUAAAGGAAGUGCAUUUGUUAGGAAAAAGAAACAAGAAUCGUGAUGAAUUAAUAAAAGAAAAAUAGAGGCACAUUCAUCAAAAGUGAAAGAAAUGCAAUUUAUUCAAUGGGAAAAGUUGAAAUGAAUGGAUAUUAAAUUGAUAAGAAAUGAAUUGUAAGAAAAAAAUAUAUAUUUUAGAGUCUAUUUUAUAUACAAAUAAAAUCUUUUUAUCGUAUUUUUUUUCUAAGGAAACUUAAAGCUAGAGCAAAAACCUUUUGAUGAAUAUUACAGAAAAAAAGUCGUCGCUUAACACAUUGGAAAAAGUCUUUUGAUGGCAGAAAAAUUAUUCACAUUGUGAUAAGUGAUAUAAUUUUAGAACAGUUGCCAAAAAAAAAACAUAAGAUUGGAGUAAAAUCCAAGCGAUUGUUCUUAAGUAAUUUUAAUGGCCAAAUAGCAGAAAUUUCCCUUCACAUUCUAAUCCAAAAGAAAAUAAAUGUUCUUGCUAUUUGUUGAUAAAAGAAGCAUGCUUUUGUUGUAUCUGGUGGCAAUCUUACUGGAGAGAUGCUUCAAAGAUAAAAGAAUGCCACCAAAAUGUUAAAUAAUAUUCUCAGAAUGUGAAGAUUAUGUGUUUGAUAAUUUUGUUCUUUUCACUUGUACGUUAGAAUUGUGUUUAUCCGAUAGAUGUAAGUUUUACGUUUUGUAGGCAAAUUUGUUACACGUAAUACCUCCAAUUUGCCAUAGAAACAAGAAUAAAAAUUUAAAUAUGACGUCAAAA